AUGGUUGCGCCACUGCGCAGCUCCAUCUUCGAAUCUCGCGGAGGUCCGCUGUCGCUGGAGCGCGGCAUGGCCUACUUCGAAGUUGAGGCAUCUGGGCUCCGGGCGCGUUCCGCCGUGCAAGACAUGGCCAAGUGCUCUCAGAGCAUGGCGAUCGGCCUCACCUCCCAGCGGCCUGGCGGUGGUCGGCCCCUGCUGCGCCUGGACUGCGCGCGGGAGGACGCCCACGCGGUGCUCCUGGGCUAUGACUUGCCCAAGAUCUUUGCUGAUGGCAAAGAGGUUGGCAAGAUCAACGCCAAGCACUGGCGGCCGUUGAAGGACCUCACAGUGGGCACGAGGGUGGGGCUGCUGAUGGACCGCAACGCCAUGGAGCUUGCGGUCUACGUCAAUGGCAUGCGAAAGGUGACGGCGGCCUUGCCGGGGACGUCUCAGCGUUGGGCCGAAUGCUGGGGCAUGGUGGAUGUGCAUGGCAAUGUCCGGGCGCUGCGCUUGCGGCCCGGGAAGCCGCGCUGGCGGGUUUAA